AUUAGCUUUUGACUUGUUUGUAAUGGGAGGCUUGGCAGUUGGCACUAGGCAGCAGCCAAACCAGCAGUGUAUCACCAACAUAAUGUCAACGAUGGACUAAUUGACAGAUUGUAAUUUCGAAUAUGUCCCUUGAUUCGGAGACCUCAACUGCCGCCACGUCCGGCAGAGAUUGGUUCUUCCCGUCACCGUCGUUCUUUCGCUCUUCUUCUUCGCAAUACGGCCGUCGAUUCUACUCAAACCCAAAGCCUUCCUCCUCUCAUCCGAUCUCUAAUCGGCCCCCGGCAGCGUCAGCCUCAGGCAUCCGUCAUCGCCGGAGAGUCAAAUUCGCUCGGAAUCCGAUUCCCGCCCCCACUCCCGCUCCCACUCAGGAGCUACCACAGAUAUCCGAUGCCAAAAAUGCUUCCAAAAACAACCUCUCUUUCCUUUCUCAAUUUCGUUGCCACUUGGCACUCGCGGCGUUGACAAUUGCUGCUUUAUUGUUGCUGCUACUCAGAAAUAUGCAUCUUCAGAGCCAAGUCAAAAAGCUGCAGGGUGAGAUUCUCAACCUCAACCUCAGGUUACGUGCAUUCCAUGAGUUGGACUCCAUGAACAUUACGAGUUCCACAUUACUGGACGAUCAUUUUUCAAGUGAAAACUUGAGAAGAAAUCUAUCUCUCUUUUUCUCUUUUACACUUCUAUUCAUCCCCAUUUUUAUUUUCAAGUAUAUAGACUACGUUUCAAAAUCAAGAUUUUCUGACAAUAUAUCAGAACAAGUUUCACUAAACAAGCAAAUAGCAUACCGGGUUGAUGUAUUUUUAUCAGUUCAUCCUUAUGCUAAGCCACUUGUGCUGUUAGUUGCAACAUUACUGCUAAUUUUACUAGGAGGAUUGGCCCUUUUUGGGGUAACUACUGAGGAUCUCGCCCACUGUCUUUGGCUAUCUUGGACCUAUGUUGCUGAUUCUGGCAAUCAUGCUAGCUCCCAAGGUUCUGGUCCGAGGUUAGUUGCGGUUUCAAUUAGUUUUGGUGGGAUGCUUAUAUUUGCAAUGAUGCUUGGACUUGUCUCUGAUGCCAUUUCUGAGAAGUUCGACUCACUGAGGAAAGGAAAAAGUGAGGUAGUUGAGCAAAAUCAUACUUUGAUUCUUGGCUGGAGUGAUAAAUUGGGUUCAUUACUAAAUCAACUUGCCAUAGCCAAUGAGAGCCUGGGUGGAGGAACUGUUGUAGUGAUGGCUGAGCGAGACAAAGAAGAAAUGGAGCUUGACAUUGCAAAAAUGGAGUUUGAUUUCAAAGGAACAUCCGUCAUAUGCAGAACUGGGAGCCCACUGAUUCUGGCUGAUCUUAAAAAGUCUCUUUUCCCGCUUGAUCUCACACUAUGUGAUCUACAGGUUUCUGUUUCAAAGGCGCGUGCAAUAAUUGUCCUUGCUGAAGAUGGGAAUGCUGAUCAGAGUGAUGCACGUGCUUUGAGAACAGUCUUAAGCUUAACUGGAGUCAAAGAACGAUUAAGAGGGCACAUAGUGGUCGAAUUGAGUGACCUGGACAAUGAGGUCCUUGUUAAACUUGUUGGGGGUGAUCUUGUUGAAACUGUUGUAGCUCAUGAUGUCAUUGGCCGCUUGAUGAUUCAAUGUGCCCGGCAGCCUGGUCUUGCACAGAUAUGGGAAGAUAUACUUGGAUUUGAAAAUUGUGAGUUCUACAUCAAAAGAUGGCCACAGUUGGAUGGAAUGCAAUUUGAAGAUGUAUUAAUCAGCUUUCCUGCUGCAAUUCCUUGUGGGAUCAAAGCUGCAACAUAUGGUGGUAAAAUUAUUUUGAAUCCAGAUGACUCCUAUGUUUUACAAGAAGGGGACGAAGUUCUGGUUAUUGCAGAGGAUGAUGAUACUUAUGCCCCAGCGUCCUUGCCUAUGGUUUGGAAGGGAAGCUUACCGAAGGACUUUGUUUAUCCAAAGUCUCCUGAAAGAAUACUUUUUUGCGGUUGGAGGCGUGAUAUGGAGGACAUGAUCAUGGUUUUGGAUGCAUCUCUAGCACAUGGUUCAGAGCUCUGGAUGUUCAAUGAUGUUCCUGAAAAAGAGAGGGAAAAGAAACUAACUGAGGGCAGCCUUGACAUAAAUCGAUUGGAAAAUAUAUCUCUGGUUAAUCGUGAGGGGAAUGCUGUUAUACGUCGUCACUUAGAAAGUCUUCCAUUGGAAUCAUUUGAUUCUAUAUUAAUUUUGGCUGAUGAAUCUGUAGAAGAUUCAGCAAUUCAAGCUGACUCCAGAUCUCUUGCCACGCUACUUUUAAUUCGCGACAUACAAGCUAGACGUCUUCCUUAUGAAGCUAUGGCCAGUCAAGCUCAUGGAGGAAGCUUCUCAAAAGGCUCAUGGAUUGGGGAAAUGAAGCAGGCUUCGGAUAAAUCAGUUAUAAUAAGCGAAAUUUUGGAUCCUAGGACAAAAAAUUUGUUAUCUAUGUCAAAGAUUAGUGAUUACGUUUUAUCAAAUGAACUUGUCAGCAUGGCUUUAGCCAUGGUUGCAGAAGAUCGGCAAAUAAAUGAUGUAUUGGAAGAGCUCUUUGCAGAGGAGGGAAAUGAGAUGCACAUAAGGCAAGCAGAUCUCUACCUCCGUGAAGGUGAGGAAUUAAGUUUUUAUGAAAUAAUGUUACGGGCUCGGCAGAGAAGAGAGAUAGUGAUAGGGUACCGUUCAGUGAAUGCAGAAAGGGCUGUUAUUAACCCCCCAGCGAAAACUGAAAGACGAAAGUGGUCAUUGAAGGAUGUCUUUGUGGUCAUUACUGAAAAGGAAUGAGUUAUUUGUCAUUUGUGGGCAAGACAAACCUGUAUGUUAUCCACACUGUUGAUCUUGGAAUUCUAAAGUACUCUUGAAUGCUCUGGAAAUUGAAAAGAAUCGCUUAUUUGAAAAAUGCUGAUAUAUACCAGUUCUGAGUCUUGUGGAAAACACUUGUUCUUUGUAUUAGUUCUAGGAGAACGUCGUGGCUUUCUGAAAUUGUUUGGAAGCCGUAUAUUUUGGUAAUAUGAAGGUAAGGUAUCCUUUUAAGUUUUUA